AUGCUUGCUGGCUUCACGAUGUCUCUCGAGAAGAGGCUAAUCAAGACCCAGCUAAAGCGCUAUGAAGAUGCCGGACGGACAGGUCGUCCUGUAUUGAAAAUCUCGGACAAGAUUAUUGUCAAAGUUCAACUAUCCUUAAUCCAAAUUCUCGAUCUUGACGAACGUAAUCAGAUAUUGACGACAAAUAUCUGGAUGCAGAUGGUGAGCAUAGCUUAG